CCAUCUUUUUCUUUCUCUUCUCAAGUCAAAUCAUAAUUUCCCAUGUGAGUUUUGUGUUCCAUUUAUUCAUUUUCAUACCCCUAGAUCUUAGGGAUCCUCUGCCUCAGCCUCAGCCUCUAGAUCUACGAGGAAAAGCCUUCAGCAAUGUCUCAACUCAUUAUCAAAUUCUGUUACACAGAGGUACUCCUCCUCUCUGUUCUUUUGUUCCUUUAUGUUUCUGUUUGCUUCGGUGCCCGCUCCGACCCUCAACUUCAAACCACACACUUGGGUAGUAGUAGUAGCAGCAGAAGGAGAAUCUUAGAUUCCCGAAAGGAAGAGCAAGAGAUGCCUUCGAAGAAGAAAAUCCCUGUCCAAUCCUCCAAAAACCACACCAAACCAAUCAAGCCCAAUAGUAAUAAUAGUACACUUUUUUCAAAGAACCAAACCAAAACCACCAAAUCCGACAAUUUUUCCUCCAAAAACCAAACCAAAACCACAAAACCCGACAACAUUACCACCAAAUCUAAUAACCUCUCCUCCAAAAACCAAACCAAGCAACUCAAGCUUAGCUCCAAUAACUCACCUCCCAAAACCACACUCAAAAAGCUCAAUUCCACCGCCUCCGCCCCAAAGCUCAAGAAACUAAACACCCCAUCCAAACCCCACACCUCAAAACCAAACCCCAUUCCCACUUCAACCAAAAAAUCCUCUGAUCUCGCGAAAGCAACUGACAAAACAACAAACCCCCCCGCCAAAGACAACAACAAACAAACCAAAACAUCCAAGGUAGAGAAAACCACCCCGACCCAACAACAUAGCAAGAAACCUACAAAACAAACACCACCGAGUUGGAUAAUGGACGAGGAUGAUGAAGAUGAUUUUGUUUCAGGCUUCACAGAUCUACCCAACAAGUUCCACCGAACUUUAAUCCCUGAUCUCGAGCGAAUCUCAACCACUUCCAAAGCCUACAUCACCAAAGCCAAUAACGAAAUGACAAAAGGGUUCAAACCCUACGUUGGCAAAAAAUACGCACCAACCAUUGCCACCAUUAUUUCUUGUGCUUUCAUAUUGAUCCCUUUGCUCUUAGUCUCACUCCUUUGCACCAAAAUCAAAGCCUAUUUCUCCCUCCAAAAGAUCUUGAUCUUCGUCCAAAUCUACCUCUCCAUCUACUUCACUAUUCUCUGUGUCUCAUCAUUGGUCACUGGUAUUGAACCAUUGAAGUUUCUGUACUCUACUUCGCGGUCCACCUAUCUUUGUCUACAGGUGCUUCAAACUCUUGCUUACGUGUUCUACCUGCUGCUUCUGUUGAUGUACCUUAUUCUUGUGUUCUCAACGGAAUGUGGGCUGGGCUCCAAGUUUUUGGGCCUCGCUCAGGUCUUCGUGGGCCUUGCUGUCGGGCUCCAUUACUACGUGACGGUAUUUCACAGAGUGGUGCUUCAGCAGCCCCCUAAAACGAAUUGGAAGAUCCACGGGAUUUAUGCCACGUGUUUUCUCCUCAUUUGUGUGCUGGUAGGGGCUGAUAGAAAGAAAAAGACUUACGUGGAAGAUGGUGGUGGAGAAGGCAAGAGAAAUUAAGCUACUUUAUUUUUAUUAUUAUUUAUUUUCAUUUUUACUUCAAAGUUACCCAAAAACAACAAAGCAAGCUUGUCCUAUAAAUAAAAUAAUGUGACAACAAUAGUUUAAUGCCUCCUGAUUUUUGGAUGAAAUUGAAAACAUUA